AUGAGUUUUGGGCCGAACGAUUCAGGCCUCCUACCAUUCAAGUCAGAAGAGGAGACGAAGGAGUACUUGGACGAACUGGGCAUGAAAUUCAAAUAUGCUUGCCAAAAGGAGAAGGACCCUAUACAAUGUCAUUCUCUCGGACUGUGGCUGGAGACUUUUAAACGAAAGUGGGGAGAAGCUGAGAGUAUUUACCGCGACAACUGUUUUACACGACGUUUCCCCGAAAGUUGCAACAAGUACGCCUUCUUCAAACUGUUUGGCGGCGAGGGGAUCACUCGUGACAAACAGCUGGCCUUCGAAGCUCUCAAGUUCGGUUGUCAUGUUGCCGGAGAUGCCAGAUGCUGCCAGACAGCCGGUGAACAGCUCCUAGAUGGUGUCAUCCCAGACAACGAAAAUUUCGACCAGGCCGGUGAGUUUUUCAAGCUGGGCAGUGAGCGUGGCCUGCCAGUGAGCAGCUACUACCUGGGCAGUCUCUUCUAUGGCAGAGCAACACGCCAGCGUGCGGCUGACGUGCGCCAGUCCGGCAGCAUUCGUCAGCCGCGCUCUGAAGCGGAGCUGCAGUUGCGCAAGAACGCCCUCCAGUACUGGAUCGCGGCCUGU